AUGGACUACAAGAACACAAGACUUACACUAUACUCCUACUUCAGAUCCUCCUGCUCCGCAAGAGUCCGAACAGCUGCUUGCCUCAAAGGAAUUAAGCUGCAUUACGAAUAUGUGAACCUGCUGAAGGGCGAGCAGAGUGCCGACGUCUACACUCGCCUCAAUCCGGCCGGCACUGUCCCGACACUCGUUGUCGAGUCACCAGAUGGCUCAAAUUUCCUUAUUCGCCAAUCUGUAGCCAUUCUAGAAUUCUUCGAAGACGCAUUUCCAGGAAAUACGCCUUUGCUUCCCUCUGCAGGACAGCCUCUGCUCCGAGCUAAGGUUAGAGACCUAGUCAACAUCAUGGCUUGCGAGUUUCAGCCAAAGACGAAUCUGUGUGUCUUGAAGCGAGUUGCAGGAUUUGGUGUUUCGUCGCCAGACUGGUGCAAGGAGCAGAUGGUUCCAGCACUACUUACAUUUGAGAGUGGUAUGCAGGAACACGCCGGAAAGUACUGUGUUGGUGACUCCAUAACGCUCGCUGAUGUUGUUUUGGCGCCGGCAGUGGAGGGGGCCUUGAGAUGGGGAAUCGAUCUGCAGCAGUUCCCACAGAUCCAGAGAGUCUAUGAUAAUAUCCGAGUUGUUCCGUCCUUUGUGGAUGCCGAUUGGAAGCAUCAAGCGGACACCCCUGAGACUCUGCGGGCUUGA